AUGUCCGACUUCACCGACAAGCUUCGUCCAAGCCAGCCAGAUGGACCCACGACACUCGCCCACGAGCGAGGACAGUCCAAUCUCUCAGUGGAAGAACUCAGUCGGCAUCUUCUCUCAUCCGAUGGAUUUCUGGAGCGACAAGCGCGGGUGCUCCCGAUCGUGCAGUCAGAGCCUCUUUUCUCGAAAGAGAAACAACAAAACCUGUCUCGACCGGAUCGAUUCAAGCUAGGCCUCGCCCGCGCGAAGCUACUACGACGACUCAAAGACAAGUAUCAAUGGAGCCAUGACGAGUAUAAAAUGGCCGAGUACCUGGUGGAUGAUGUCUCGCCGUACUUUCUACACUUGGAGAUGUUCAUCACGACCAUCCGUGAGCAGGCCAGUGAGGAGCAACGUGCAUACUGGAUGCCUCUGAUCGAAUCCUGGAAGAUAAUUGGUGCCUAUGCGCAGACUGAACUCGGGCAUGGAAGCAAUGUCCGUGGCUUGGAACUGGAAGCACGCUGGGAUAGUCGAACCAAGGAGUUUGUCUUGCACAGUCCCACUUUGACAUCGAGCAAGUGGUGGAAUGGAAGCUUGGGUCGGAUUGCCAACCACGCAAUUGUGGUUGCUCAGCUGAUGCUGCCCAAGCCCGAUGCAUCUGGUGAAUGUGUGUCUCAUGGUCCUCAUCCGUUCAUUGUGCAGGUUCGAGAUAUGGAAACGAACCUACCCCUAGAAGGAGUGGUGAUCGGAGACAUCGGUCCGAAAUAUGGCUAUAUCACAAUGGACAAUGCAUAUAUGCUUUUUGAUCAUUUCCGUAUCCCUCAUUCUGCCUUGUUGUCGCGAUAUUCCAGUCUAGACCCCAAUACUGGCAUCUACACCAAACCUGAAAAGCCAGCUUUAGUCUAUGGCUCCUUGACAUACGUUCGCGCCCAGAUCGUGCAUCACGCCAGACUCGUUCUCGCUCGCGCAGUCACAGUCGCAGUCCGCUACACUGCCAUCCGACGACAAUUCCAAGAUCGAGACGGCGAUAAGACCGGACCGGAGAUGGCAGUGCUGGACUAUCCGACCGUCCAAAUCCGCAUUCUGCCUCUACUCGCAACGACAUUUGCGCUCCAUUAUGCAGGCCAGGCUAUGUGCGCAAUCUAUCAAAAUACACGAAAAGACGUCGAGAAAGGAGAUUUCCGUUCCUUGGCGCACAUGCAUAGCAUGUCGUCUGGGCUGAAGAGUCUAUGCACAAUGCUUGCCGCGGAUGGGAUUGAGACUUGUCGCCGUGCAAUGGGAGGACAUGGAUUUGGUGGUGGGAGUGGUCUUAUCCAACUCAACAACGACUAUCUUUCCAAGCCGACUGUAGAGGGUGAUAACUGGAUGAUCAGUCAGCAAGUGGCCGCGUACUUGAUUAAGAAGAUGACAACUGCGGUUGAGUCCUCAAGCAGUGCUGCCGUCGAUGAUACUGAUGCUCUUUAUAAGGAAUUUAUUCGAAGCCGUCAAGGCGGAGCUACUCCGCCUUCAGACCUCAGUGUGUUGGAAAAUGAUAGCAAUAUUGUGAAAAGCUUUGAGCUUCGCGCAACAGCGUUGACAUACGAUACUUAUGAGCAGCGCGUUCUCAAGAAACGAAGCUGGAACAGUCUUCUAAUUCAACUUCAUAAGUUGAGCAAGGCUCAAUCCCAGUCGAUCCUGGUAGCCACCUUCUUCGAGGCCUUAUCUUCUGAUACCUCUCUUUCACCCCCUGUGAAAGACAUCAUGUGGGGCCUCUUCCGCCUUUUUGCAUUCAACACUAUGGAGAACGAGAGUUUUGAAUUUUUCCGCUGUAACGCCGUCGCCAAGUCUGACCUCGAUCAGCUUCCAAAUCGCGUCCAUGAUCUAAUGCAGAGAAUCCGACCACAUGCUGUGAUUCUGGUCGAUUCGUGGAUGAUUCCCGAUUUUCUUUUAGACAGUGCACUGGGACGGUACGAUGGCCGUGUGUAUGAAGAUCUCUACAACAGAGCUCAUCGACUGAACCCGCUGAACCGAAUUACAUUCAAUCCAAACUAUUGGGAGGAAGAGAUUAUCAAGGGAAGUGGGGAUGAUGUGUCAAACGUUUUGUCGAAGCUGUAA